AUGGCUGACCCAACCCAGUCCGAGCAGACUGAGACCAUGAACAUCUACAUCCUCACAUACAACUGUGCCCGCACUCUCGUCAAUCCUAGCAUAUUCGCACCACAUCUCUUCCACGGUCUUCCGGCCAACAGCCUCUCACCAGAGUUUCUUGUCAUUUGCUUACAAGAGUUCGCGCCCAUUAGUGCCGCAUUCCUGGGCGGAUCGUUCCUAACGCCCUACUUCAACGCCUGGAGGGAUAUCGUCAGACUCGCCUCGAGUUCGAAAGAUCACAGCUAUGUCAACGUGAUAAGCCGCAAUGUGGGGAUGACAGGGAUUAUGGUAUUUGCAAGGGAUGAUGUUGCGGAUCACGUGAAAUGGCUGAGGACAGCUGGAGUUGGGGUUGGACUGGGUGAAAUGGGCAACAAAGGCGCAGUUGGGCUAAGGAUAGGCUAUCAAUCACCUGGCAUGGCAAGGGAAGUCGAAUUCACCUGGGUGUCUGCCCAUCUGGCGCCUAUGGAGGACGGGCUGGAGAGGCGGAACGAAGACUACAAGAACAUUGUGAAGAGGCUGGUGUUUGUCUCGGAUUCCAGCUCAAGGAAGCCCGUGGCAGGGGAUGAGGAAGAUGAAGAUGCACCUCUGCUACAAGGCGACGAUCCGUCGCAGCAAAUCGACGAGGCCUCCGCAUGCGGCAUGUAUGCCUCAUCGUCACAUCUGUUUUUUGCUGGAGACCUCAACUAUCGAACGUCGCUGCUUCGGCCGUCGCCGCAAGACGUGGACGAGAAAUUCCCCCACCCAACCACCAACGAGGCUGACCCAAAGCACUUUCAGCAGCUACUUGCAGAAGACCAACUUACUCAGCAGGUCAAGGCUGGAAAGACCCUACACGGCUUGUCCGAAGCACCAAUCACUUUUCCGCCCACCUACAAGUACCGCACUGACGGCAACAAGGCUGUCAUCUUCGCUAGUGGGGAAGAGGACGAUCGACAACACUGGAGCUGGGCACGUCACCGCUGGCCGUCCUGGUGUGAUAGGAUAUUCUUCUGGAACGAUCGUGGGAAUGGCAAUAACAUCAAGGUCACUCCGCAAAAGUACACAUGUCUACCAUUGUUUACAACCUCAGAUCAUCGUCCAGUAGCGCUGGCUGCUACGGUGCCUUUGAAAGCAUUGCCGAACGCAAGGCAGUGGGGUGAAGGUGAAGGUGUGCCAACGGCAGCACCGUUCGACAUCGACCCGGACUGGCGGAGCAGACGGGCUCAGGCCCGCAAGAAGGAGCUUGCCGUUGGCCUUAUGGCUUACCUGGCGUUGACAUGGGAGGGAAACGGAUUAUUGUUGGCAACGACAAUUGGUGCGAUUGGAGGGUGGUUGGUUCUCAGAUCUCUCCUUACGGGAUGA